AUGCAUUCUACUUCUCUCUUAGCUAUGGUCUUGGCCUCAAUUGCCUGCUCUAACGUUCUCGCCACCCCCAUCCCUACUCCUCAAGGAGAAAAUGAGGAUGACAAUGAAGAAGAUGGUGAGGACAACAACGAAGACAACGAUGCCGAGAAUGAGGCUGAAGAAACACCUGAGGCGUACACAAAGGGCGAAAGCUCCCCACAAUCCUCAAGUGUCCGGACCUCACCUCAAUCUUCAAGUGUUGGAACUUUAGCUCAGUCCCCAAAUCUUGGAACUUCGUCAAGCGUAGGAAUCCAACCACAUUCCUCACCAAGCUCCCAAUUACAACCUUCAAGCAUUGGAAGCCAAACCCAAUACUCUGGAAGCCAGCGAGCAACGCAAACACCACAAGCUGCACACCUCAACACUCGUCAAUUCGAGCCCAACUUUGGUCAAGGAUUUGAGGGUGAUGCCGCAUUCCAAGCUGGCUUAGGAGCAGGAUUUGGAGAAGAAGCAGGCCGACAUGGUCAGGGUCGCCACCAACCCGGACAACCUGGAUACGAACAAUUCGGCCCAGGAUUCCCACCACACCAGGGUGGUCAAGGCUUGUACCCACCCGGUAUGCUCCCACCUCAAGGCGGUCAGGGAUUUCCUCAACCCGGUCAAGGAUUUCCUCAACCCGGUCAGGGAUUCCCUCAACCCGGUCAAGGCAUUCCUGGUCAAGGUAUCCCUGGUCAAGGUAUCCCCGGUCAAGGUAUCCCCGGUCAAGGUAUCCCCGGUCAAGGUAUCCCCGGUCAAGGUAUCCCCGGUCAAGGUGUUUCUGGACAAGUUGCUCCUGGACAAGGUGCUCCUGGACAAGGCCGUCAGACUGCCGCUCAACCUGGCCAAUCACCAGUCCCUCAAGGACUUCCUCAGUCCGCUCAAGGCAUCCCACAGCAAAACCGAGAAGGUUACACUCGUGGUUCAACUCACCCACCCACGACUGCCAAUGGUCAACCCCCUAUCGUUCAAUAA